AUGUUAGGAACAAAUGUUGGAAAAAAGGUUACAGCAAAUUUAGUUCAGGAUCAAUAUAAUGCAUUUCUCAAAAACAAAGAUCACAAGGUGAGUAGAUGUUUGCGAAACCACAUUCAUUUAUCCGGAUUGUUUUUGCAGAAUGUUGUCAAAAAACCACAAAUGACUGCGGAGGAGCGGAAAAUGGCGAAACGGGAGGAAAUGCGGAAACGCGGGAUUAUGGUGAAGGCGGAUGAUAAAGAUGAGGCGCCGACGAUUAUUGAGAAAGGGGAUGACGAAUUUGUUGUAGAAGUGAAAUUGGAAAUUGAGGAAGCGGAAUAUUCGAAUUUUGAAGUCAAAAUGGAAAUUGAGGAAAAUGAAGAAGCUGAAUAUCCGGGAAUUUUGAAAAAAGUGAGUUUUUUGAGCUGAAAAUUCGUGAUUUUCAGAUUUUUUGGGUCUAGAAAAUGUAAAAUUAUCUGAAAAUUCGAAAAUUUUAGAUUUUCAUUUCAAAAUUCAAAAUUUUUAUUUAAAAAUUUGAAAUUUCAAAUUUUUUAGAUCUAGAAAAUGUAAAAUUAUCCGGAAAUUUAAAAUUUCCCAAAUUUUUAUUACUUAUUUUUACCCGAAAAACUUGUUGGCUCAAAUUUCAUGCUUUUUUAGGGUAUAGAUAACUCUGAAAAUCUCAAAAAAAAUCUGAAAAUUUUCCAGAAAUUGCUCCAAAUACACCAGAAGAAGCUGAAAAUGAUUCAGAUUCUGAUGAAAAUCCAGAAGAUGCUGAAAUUGGGCUGAAAAUUGACGAAUUGAGAGGUAUUUUUGAGAAAAAAAAAUGAAAAUCUGGGAUUUUUGCUGAAAAAACAAUAAUUUCAAUUCCAGUUCCAAAAAUCGAAGAAGAAUCACCAGAAGCUGCUCCAAAGUCCAGCAAAUUCAGAAUUAAAUGA